AUGGCUGGUUCUGCCAAGACCAGCAUUGUAACCAACAACGACUUGGACGAUAGCGCAAGCAGCAGAGACAUCGAGCUGAACAGCUCGCGUGUUCAAACAACCUCCUUUCAGGCAAUCAAGCAUCAUCCGCGCGAGCUAUUAUGGUGUAUCUAUGCCAUAUUCGUUCUGGUGCUUAGCAGUUUCGACAACCAGGCUGGUGGCGUUGUACUUUCAAUUCCUCAGUUCAGGAAAGAUUUUGGAUCACCGUACCAUGGCGACUAUGUGCUCUCUGCGGGAUGGCAAUCUGCCUACAGUGGCGCACCAGUUCUCAGUAGCAUCAUCGCGUUUUUGUUGUCUGGUUGGCUCGCAGACAAGGUUGGCAGAAAGUGGACGUUCGCCGUCGGCUAUCUGAUCAUCUUUGUAUCAAUCACGAUUGAGACNUUUUCGACAACCAAUCUGGUCUUNUUCAUUGGCAAAUUCCUCUCGGGUUUCGCCAUAGGCGCCUUCACGACUACCGCACUUACAUACUUGGGAGAGAUUGCCCCUCGCCCAGCAAGAGGCAAACUCACUGCAGCAGCCGGUUUAGCGUUGACGAUUGGACCUUUCAUCGUGUCGAUUGUCGUGAAAGCCACUGGCGAUCAAGCAGAUCGUUGGGCUUAUCGAUCGGUCUUCUUGGCCCAGUAUGGAAUCAGCGUCGUGGGUGCAAUCUUAUUGCCAUUCAUGCCUGAGUCGCCGUGGUGGUUACUUAGCAAGAAUCGAAACUCUGAUGCUACCCUUGCACUUUUCCGUUUCGGAUACACUGCGGACGAGGCGCAAACCUAUGCGAGUACUGCCGUCCGGGCGCUAGAGAAAGCUAGAGAAGAGACGGAAGGCGCGACCUACCUCGAGUGCUUCCAAAAGACCAAUCUUCGACGAACCGUUGUCGCAGCAGCGCCUCUGUCCAUUCAAGCUUUGAGUGGCCUCUUNUUUGUAUCAGCCUAUUCAACUUAUUAUCAACAGUUGGCUGGAUAUGACGCUCCCACAACCUUCAGCCUUGGUAUUGUUCAGAAUAUACUUGCUAUGAUGGGCAAUGCCUGCUCUUGGUUCUUGAUAGACCGAAUUGGUCGGAGACCUUUGUCGUGUUACGGCAUGUUGCUUCUGACUAUCUUGCUCUUACUCACGGGAGGUCUUGCUUGUGUCGGAUCCAAGUCAGCGACGAAGGGAACAGUUGGCUUGUUGCUUUUGUACAACUGGCUCUACUCGAUAACGAUCGGAGCUACUGCAUAUCCAAUUCUGAUCGAGACACCGACAAGUCGCUUGCGGACCAAGACCGCCGCCAUCGGACUGACAUUGCAAAGCGGUUUAUUUGCAAUGUGGGCUUUUGUUAUACCAUAUCUUUUCAAUCCCGAUCAAGCGAAUCUCGGCGCUCGAGUAGCCUUCAUCUUUGGCGCCUUUGCGAUCCUUUCGACAGUCUACCUAUGGUUGUGCCAGCCCGAAACGUCCGGACGUUCGUUUGCUGAGCUAGAUGAAAUGUUUGUCAAGAAAGUUCCAGCGAGGGGCUUCAAAGCAUACAAGACCGAAGCCGUAAAUAGCUUUCGUCUAAGUGUACUCAUGAGAGAUGGCGACGUGCCAGUUCCAUAG